UGAUAUAUUUUGGAAGACAAAAACAUAUUUGUCACUCACUCUCACCACAUACAGUUUUGUUGCUAUCAGUGAGAAAGUUGUCAAAUGUGUACGAAAAUUACAAAAAGGUCUACUCUGAAUAAAGCCACCAAGGGUUUCGCCUCACUCCAAGAUGCUAAGGGCAUGUUCUACAGUGUUUUCAGAGUCAGCCGAAUUAUCCUAGACUGAUAUUGUUGAGUGUGAUGUAGGGCGGAAUUAUGUGAACUCGUGUCAUGUGGAGUCAGGCGUUUUCCGCUAACUGCUCAUUUGAAUCCCGGGAAUUGUAGUUCCCCUGCCCUCAAGAGUGUUGAUUUUAAACAGUUCGGAACUACAAGCGCUAAGGUGCAGCGCAGCCACAGUGCGUUAGACGGGGGUGUCAAGAGAAGCUCAUCCUCGUUCCUGAAUAAUUCCCAGGUUUCUGCAUUUGUUAAUGGAGACGUAAGGCGGUGAACGUUAUCUCGGAAAGAAAAGGGAUUUGGGGAUUUCAAAAUGGCAGUGCCAUUGAAUAACUUUCCACCCCUGCCUCAAUUUCUGAGAAUAAAGCCAUGCUUUUAUCAGAACAUUGAGGAGGAAAUUCCAGCACCACACCAGCAGUUGGUGCGCAGAGUCUACAAGCUUUGGAUGAUGUAUUCUGGCACGCUGUGCAUAAAUGUGAUCGCCUGUAUUGCUUGGUGGGCUGGUGGGGGAAGUGCCACAAACUUUGGAUUUUCUUUGCUCUGGCUCAUCCUCUUCAGCCCCUGUGGUUAUGUCUGCUGGUUCAGACCACUCUACAAAGCUUUCAGGGCUGAUAGCUCGUUCAACUUCAUGGCCUUCUUCUUCAUCUUCUUCCUUCAGUGUGUCUUGGCCCUCAUCCAGACUAUAGGCAUUUCUGGCUGGGGAACAUGCGGCUGGAUUGCAACAGUGAUGUUUUUCAGCCAAAAUGUGGGCUCCGCUAUAGUGAUGUUGAUCACAUGUCUGCUCUUCACUGUGCUGACUGCUUUAAUGGUACUGGUCCUCAUUAAGGUGCACAGAUUGUACCGCAGCAGUGGUGGGAGUUUCGAGCGCACUCGGGAAGAGUGGAGCACUGGGGUUUGGAAGAGUGCACCAGCAAGAGAAGCAGGGCUCAACGCUGUUGCUCACACAGCUCAAGGCCCGAGCCUGCCCCAGUACCCUGCCGCUGUGCCGAGUUAUCCUGACAACAGUUACAGGUGAUAGCUUACAGUCACCUGUAGAUGGAGACAGGUCAUUUCUGUGGUGCAGAAGACAGCACUUCAAAGCACCAUAUCAUUUCAACCUAAUAUGACAAAAUGCAUAUAUGUUUGUUUUUUUUUUGAAUGAGACAAGAGGAUUGCUAUAAAAAGUUUUAUCAGCCAAGCUCAGUAAAGCUUUGCACUUGUUUUUGAUGCCAAAAUACACAAUUCCAUUUCAACUUUGUUUACAUAUAGUUUAUUAAAAGGAAUGAGAAAGGAUUACAGUUUAUAGGCUAAUGUAAAGAUUUGCUGAGAACAGGAACUGUCUUGCAAAUAUGCAGUUGGACAAAAGAGUAUGAACACUUUCAGUAUAGCUGUAUGUGAAGGAUGUGUGCCUUAUGGACCUUUAAGAUAGGAUUGUUUAGUGUUUCCAGUGCUGCAAGCUAGAAACCAUAGUAUGCUGAACAACAAAUUUGCAAAGUGCAUGGUUUUUAUUUUACAGAAUUGGUUUCUGUGUAUUCUGGCAGAGCAUCAGUUUAGCUUUCAUAUGUUUUUGUUCAGUAUUCUCAUACUUGCUUGCUUUGCUUGUGAUCUUGAAAUGAAUCUAUUGCAUGUUAAAAUAUUACUUGACCUUUGCCUUAACAGAUGUUGCUUUUUUUGUUCAGCUGGACUUUGGCUUAAAUGAAUCAAUGUAUGGAAACAUUUCAAAAGGUGUAUAACCCACCUCUGAUCUUUCACUGAGUGCUCAUGUGCCAAAACACUUACUUUAUUUUGAUAGACAGUCACACCCAGAGAGGAUAUACGUUGAACUUCACCUCAUAUAUCUCAGUCUCUGUAGCUCCACAGCUGCACUGUUUGCUUUUAGUGGUCAGUGCCUAUCGUGAAGGCACCUUAUCAGUUGUCACUGCUCCAGUCGCUUUCACUUUCCCCCAGACAGCCUGAAUUUUUGUUUAGUGACUGCAGUAUGUUUGCAUGUAGCCUGUCAUUGGUGUGGGUCUAAUUAUGACUUUUGUUUGUAAUGUCAAAUGAACUGGCCUCACACAUUCAAUCUAAACAGACAAGCCACUAACUAACUCAAAAAAAUUUGACUAUGGACCGGUGGUGAAGUGAAUUCUUGCAUGUAGAUGUAGUUAGUCUGUUUAGAUGCCGUCUGAUAUUGGAAAUGGGCUUAUUUCAACAAAGUCUUGUCAGUGAUCUAAUUAAAAUCAAUGUGCUUUUCAUGCAGGUAGUAUAACAGUUUUUCUCCCCUCAAAGUUUAUAUGAAAUACAAUGACUAACUGGAAGGAAAAGGUGCCUGCCUAAUUUAUUUUUGUUGUUACAAGAAGUGUUCCUAAUGGCCAACUGCCAGUUUUUUCUGUUCUUUUGAUAACGCAAUACUAUGGAUAUGUCAAAAUAACUUUUUGAAUAUCACAACAUUUCAAUAAAUAUUCUUAUUUACAUCAUGUCUGAACUCAGCCUGAGGUUAUAAAGAUAAAAUAAUCCAGUGUGGUUUUAUGAGUUUUGAAAAACUAAUGUUAUAUUUAGUGACCUUGAGAAAACAAGUUCAGUUAACUUGAAAUACUGAACUCAGCAGCUCAUUAUUUCAAACCAAAAGACUUCAAGUCAGGACAGCUCCUGUUUAUAAGCACCAAAGAGGUCUGAAACCUAAAGUCAGAUACUCUUGGUUGAGCUAACUUGAAAUUAGCAAAACGUACAUUUUUGCAUAAAGCUAAUAAGAAAAUCUUAGUUGGUUUGACUAUUCAUAAAAUCAUAGAAGAGUUCCUCUAUCUAGACAAGAAUUUUGCCAGUCUGAAAUUUACAGGUUAGAUUUACUGACUUUUUUCCACAGUUUUUCUCAUGAUAACAUUACUGUUGUGUGACAGAGUAACUUAUGCGUUUGCCAUUUGAAUAAGUUUUUUUUAUAGGAGUUGAAGAAUGAUUUUUCUAAGGCAUUAGGCACCUCUGGAAUUCUUCACAUAAUUUCAAAACAAACUGGAAAAAUACAGUUAAGACUUAGUGGUAAUGAUUGCCCUGUUGUCUCAGGCAAUAAGAUUGGACCAAUGUGGGGUCUGCUUGCCGCUGUUGGUUGCCUUGUUUUUUUAAGAAUCUUUAUCCCUCCCACUCAGUGUGGAAGCCCAGGUGAAGAGAAACGGGAUGUGGGAUUU